AUGUGGCGGGCGCCGUUAGGGGGGCGCGGGCUGCUGCGGGCCAUCGCCGCCGCGGCGGGGGGUGCCCUCCGGCUGGAGCCCACCCCCCGGGUGGCCGGGGCUCCCCGCGGGGGCUGCGCGGCGGCGCGGGGCGCGGGAGGCGGCGGAGCCGGGGCGCUGGGGGCAGUGGCGGAGCGGCGGCAGGCGGCAGAUAAUGUUCUUCCAAAGUUCAACAUUGACUUUGUUGUAGCUCUGCUGAGGCAAGAAAAUGCUAAAGACAUCUGUGUCAUCCAGCUACUUCCAGAAAUAAAAUACUGUAAUUACUUUAUAAUUGUGAGCGGAUCUUCAACACGACAUCUCCAUGCAAUGGCACAUUACAUGCUGAAAAUGUACAAGCAUCACAAAGAAGAAAGUGAUCCUCAUACUCAGAUUGAAGGGAAAGAGACGGAUGACUGGCUGUGCAUUGAUUUUGGUAGCAUAGUCAUGCAUUUCAUGCUGCCAGAGACACGAGAGGCUUAUGAAUUAGAGAAGCUAUGGACUCUUGGAUCCUACGAUGACCAGUUAGCACAGAUGACUCCACAGUCACUGCCAGAAGACUAUAUUUGGACUGACUCCGAACAGCAGUGAUCAUCGUGAGACAAGAACUUAAUGCAGCUGCUGAGUCGAAAGAGAAAUGAGUGUGCCUUCACAGAUCUGAGAGACAAACAGUCUUGAUUACUGACUUAACAGUCACUACAGUUGAUCAGUACAAAACAGUGUAUUUACUAGAUGUGCCUAGGUAGAGUUCUGAACAAGCUACAAAAAUGAUCAAAAUCAUUAGAAUCAUUUAGGUUGAAAAAGACCCUUAAGAUCAAGUCCAACCAUAAAACGUCAAAGAAGGAAUCCUAUCAUAAGGGAGCUUCCUGGGGGAGUCACUGUCUCAAUGGAGUUUGCAGUGAGAAGAGUGAGGAAAAGACAGAUGCUUAAGCUACUUCCCCUAAAACUCAUGCUCAGCCUCUACAGUAAUUGUUUUUCUGGUAUCUUUGAAAGACCUGCCUGUCAUGGCAGUGCAAAAAAGACUUGAGUGCUGCAAGGAAAAACUAUGUGAAAUAAUAGUACAGUUUAUAUGAGGCUUCUUGUAUGAACCCCUUUGCUUCUGGUCACAAUGAAGCAAGUCAUGCUCUGAGUUGAAGGAGAAGAGAAAACAGUCUGGUGUUACCAAGCGCAUAAAAGCCAAGAGCAGCAGUGGCAAACAUCUCUUGAGUUAACAGAACAGUAAGUCAGUUUUUCAGCCAAGGCCAAUCUGUUUUUAAUAAAAAAAAACCUGAAGAGCUUCAAUUCCUUGUCUUCAUGUUAAAACAUUCAGCUCAUUUAAAGUGUGCAGUCGGUCCCUCUCCUAGUUUUCCUCUCACCUAGUUUCUGGAAAAAGAUGCUGAGGCAACAUGCUAUGGCAGUGUAAACCUUCAGCUCCUUUGAAGUGGGCUAAAGUAGUUCUAAAGCAAUCCCUUAGUCACUGAGCAUUACUUGCUGCUAAUGGACUAUUCAGCACUUUCAGAUGUCAUUGCACAGUGUGUUCUUAGUCUGACUGCUGCAUGGUCUAAUAACCAGUUAGAAGAGCUUCAAGAUGGUAACAAAACUUGUCUAUGUAAAGCAAGAUGCUUUUCUCUACUCCAGGACAGGGCUUUCAUCAUUAUAUUAGGAUCUCUUGCUUCUGGAGAAGCUUGUUCCGCCAUACAUCAGGAAGCAGGAACACCGAGGGCAAACACCUUUUCUCCCACUACUUGAAGCUCUGUCUGCACCUCUUCCCUGCACAGCAGCUGCUGUUUGUAAUGCUCAAAGAACAUGACCUUGGUUUUAGCUCAUGUGGUUGUGUUGUUUAGGGGGAAGGGGGUGUGCAUGUGUUUGGGGUGGGUUUUUUUGUCUUUAAAAACAAAAAACCCCACAAAAAGUCUCCCUCAUUUCAGACUGGUUGUGUUUUCUUGCUCUAGCUGUGUUUGUAGCCUCUGUUCUUUCAGAAACAACUGCCCCCGAGUUCACCUGCUCUUCAGUACGAGGCAGGAGAUAGUUUUGCAAAUUAAGCAAGGAGCAUUUAUUGAAUGUAGUUAAACUAUGCAGAUAAAACAUCUUUGCCCAUGAAAUAAAGGUCUUGGUGUUAA